CCGGCUGCUGGCGCCAAAGGUUCUCUGUGUUCCCGGUCCCGCAGGUUGGCAGCACUGGGUGGGCGGGAGGCUCUGUCACGCGCCCUCGAGAGCCCGCGCUACUCGGGGCCGAGGAAGCAGCCCAGGCCGGCGCGGCGGCGAGGAUUCCGGGAACGGCCUCUGUCCGGGGCGGUGGAGCGAGUCGGGAGGCUGGGCCGGGGCGGAGGAGCGGAGCCGCCGGCUCGCGACCUCUGCCCGCUCCCCAGGCUCCGGGGACCCCCAGAUGUGGGAAAAGAAGUCUGCUGAUAAUUCAGUCUGCAGAAAGUACGGCGUGCCUGCCCUCUGGGAUGUGUAGUUUCCAGGCCCUCUCUCAGCUCCUGUGCCUGCUGCCGUGGUCUUGGCGGCACCCUUCCCCAGUGGUCAGCCCAGGGCUCCCCCCGUCCAUGCAGUCCCACGCUACCACCGCCCAGGGCCUCAGCGACCCCCUCUUUGCGGCCUACACUCUCCCCACCUUCAAGUUCCAACCUCGCCGUGAGAGAAUGGACUGGAGGCGCAUUAGCGCCCUGGACGUGGACCGCGUGGCACGGGAGCUGGAUGUGGCCACCCUGCAGGAGAACAUCGUCAGCGUCACCUUCUGCAACCUGGACCGGGAGGUGUGCGGCCGCUGCGGGCAGCCCGUGGACCCGGCGCUGCUCAAGGUGCUGCGGCUGGCGCAGCUCACCAUUGAGUACCUGCUGCACUGCCAGGACUGCCUGAGCACCAGCGUGGCCCAGCUGGAGGCGCGGCUGCAGGCCAGCCUGGGCCAGCAGGAGCGCGGCCAGCAGGAGCUGGGCCGCCAGGCCGACGAGCUCAGGGGCGUGCGGGAGGAGAGCCGCCGACGGCGCAAGAUGAUCAGCGCCCUGCAGCAGCUGCUCCUGCAGACGGGCGCCCACAGCUACCAUGCGUGCCACCUGUGUGACAAGACCUUCAUGAAUGCCACCUUUCUCCGGGGCCACAUCCAGCGCAGACAUACGGGCGUGGUGGAAGGUGGAAAGCAGAAGAAGCAGGAGCAGCCAGUGGAGGAGGUGUUGGAAGAGCUGUGGGCCAAGCUGAAGUGGACCCAAGGGGAGCUGGAAGCGCAGAGGGCAGCGGAGAGGCAGCGGCAGCUUCAGGAAGCAGAGAUCAUUCGCCAGAGGGAAGCAGAAGCUAAGAAAGAAUUUGAUGAAUGGAAAGAAAAAGAGCGGGCCAAGCUAUACGGGGAAAUAGACAAGCUCAAAAAAUUAUUUUGGGAUGAAUUUAAAAGUGUUGCUAACCAGAACUCUACGCUAGAAGAGAAACUGCAGGCACUGCAGUCCCACAAGGUGAUGAAGUCCAACCUCGGGUCCCUGCAGGAUGAGGAGCCCGAGGAACGACUCAGCCAGGCUCAGGAGCUCCGGGGCCUGAAGGAGAAGAUGGAGAUUCAGAAAACAGAAUGGAAGAGAAAAAUGAAGGUAUUGCAGGAAGAGCAUGCAGCUCAGAAGAGAGAGCUGCAGGAGCAGAACGAGAGGCUCCAGGCCUCCCUGUCUCAGGAUCAGAGGAAAGCAGCUAUCCAGGCCCAGCGCCAGAUCACUGCCCUUCGCGCCCAGCUCCAGGAACAAACCAGGCUCAUCGCCUCCCAGGAGGAGAUGAUCCAGACCAUGUCUCUCAGGAAGGUGGAGGGGAUCCGCAAGGGCCCGAAGGCUGUGGACACAGAGAAGGACUCUUCCGAGGAAGAGCUGGAGGACUCCCGCAGUGGACAGCAGAAGGUGCUGGCAGCUCUCAGUCGAAACCCCACCUUGCUGAAGCAGUUCAGGCCGGUCCUGGAGGACACCCUGGAGGAGAAGCUGGAGAGCAUGGGGAUAAAGCGAGAUGCAAAGGGAAUCCCUGCUCACACCCUCCGACACCUGGAGUCCCUCCUGCGAGCCCAGCGGGAGCAGAAGGCGGGGAGGUUUUCUGAAUUUCUGAGUCUGAGGGAGAAGCUCAUCAAGGAAGCCAGCAGCAGAGUGAAGGAGGAGAGACAGUGGAACAGGGCUCCGGUGUCCCAACCAGACGGCGAGGCUCCAGUCAAAAGCCAGCAGAGCACACCGGUCACCAAAGAGGCCCAGACAAAGGCCAGGACCCUGCACGUGGCACAGUCAUCCAAGCUGGCAGAGUCCCCCGUGUCACGUCUUCAGAGCCGCGGCAGCCAUGGCCCGGGCCUGGCUCAGGGGCCCACCCCUACUCCUGGCUCCAGAGCGCCUGGCCCCUCCAGCACCCCGCCUUCCCUGGGGCCCGGGCUGAGCAGUACGCCCCCGUUCAGUUCUGAAGAGGCCUCGGAGGCCGAUGCCAGCUCUCACGUGUCCCUCCAGCCCCCGAGACUUCCUUCGAGGAGGGGGCCCCGGCCGCAGGAUGACUCGGACUGGUCUGACACCGAGACCUCGGAGGGGAGCGCCCAGAUGCCUGGCAAGAACUCAGGAACACUGGUGCGGUUGAUGGUCAGAAAUCAUGAGAAGCAGCUGGAGGCUUCGACCAAGAAGCCUGCUGGAGAGGUCGGUCUGUUCUGCAAGCCCAAUGCCGGGCCACAGAGGGCUGCUGUGCCAGGAGGGAAGCCCCAGCUUUCUGAAGAUGAGAGUGACUUGGAGAUCUCUUCCUUGGAAGAUCUCCCCCAGGACGUGAUCCAGAGAGAGAAACCAAAGCCCUUGUCUCGCUCGAAGCUCCCAGAGAAGAUUGGUGCCAGCUCCUGGAGCCCUGGUCAGCCCAGGGCCCCUGGCUGGUGAUCCUGUCCCAGAGCCUGGUGGCCAGAGGAUCAGCCUCGUCUCCCAGCUGGGUGGGGCUGGCUCACGGUCCCCCCCCAACAGAUGGGGCUGCUGGGCCUCUUGUCGUCACCAGUAACCGAGAGGUCUUCUCCCCUGGAGAGAAGCAGAGCAGAAGAUGGAUAUGAUCUCUCCCGCCCCCUGUGAGGGGCCCUGGCAGUGCCCCUGGGUCCCAGGGCUUGAGAAAGGGUCGUAACAGGACCUCAGAGCAGCAUCCUUCCUCCACCUCCACGUUCACUCCAGACUGAAAGGAAACACCUGGUCUCUAGUCCGGAGUGUUUUGUAAACCUGCAGAAACGCUGUAGAGAUGGGUCUUUUAUGGGGUCCUUUUGGGGACUUAUGCCUGAGCCAGUCAUUCACUGAUUGACCCAAAGCCAUUUACUGAGGUCCUCCAGCCUCUCACUGCUGAGUUGGGGUAGAGGCAGAGAUGGGGGGUGAAAAGUACAGGGUCAUAAUCUGUUGACAGAGAUUAGGAUGCUAUGGGAGUGCAGACAGAGCCUCCCAGUGCAGCCUGGGGUGACCUUGGAGAGCUUCCCAGAGCUGAUGUCUGGCAGGGCCUGCUCGUGGGUGGGAGGGAAGGAGGGCCUCAUAUCCCCAAAGAACCACAAAUUAAAUUUUUGAUAUUAUUUCUAAAAUUAGGUUAUGUAUGUAACUACUGUAUUUUUUUUAAUUUGAAAAGCAUUAAUUUAUUAUAUGUAAACCUUUAAAUACAGUACAAUGUUUCUCA